CUGUUAUUAGAAUCAAAAAGGAACGUGGGCCCGAUGGAAUUGAUUUGGACGUUCUCGUGCAAAUUAAUCCCAAAUUCUUCUCCUAAAAAUGCGUCAAAUUUUGACUCCGAAGAAUUUGUUGAUAGUGGAACAGUACUAUAUACACAUUUCAUUCUUCCUCACUUGUUAGUAACAUCUGCUUAUAAUCAUCAGAUAGAAAUGUUACAUAAUUACAUCAAAUCAAAAGAAGAACGAUUUAAUGAGACUGUUCGUUUAAUGUCUUUGAUGCGAUUGGAGACUUCGGGUAAAUCUAACAAUAAUACUGACCAAUUCCCACAAAAUUCUGUUCUUUCUGAAACUUUGUCGUAUACAUCAUCAGCCCCUUCACCUUCUGCUUUAGAAAAUCUCCCAAUGUCGCAACUUGCGACUAUUAAACUACCAAGCCUUUCCGAUACACAACUUACCAAUUUAUUUACCCAACAUAAAGAUCCUCAAUUUCCAAGUUCGCUUGAUGAUCCCCUUUAUGUUUCUCAAACAGAAGUAACUCAUGACGCUGCUGCUGAAGUUGAAGGAUUAUCUGGAUUUACUUCACAUGCUGCGCGGUCGCGUGCAAAUACCAAUCCUGAUGGGAUGACACGUGGCAUUGGCAAAUCAAAAGUG